AUGACUGAAGUUGAACAAGUACCCGAUCAAGAAGCCGAACUUCAAGAAUCAGAAGAAGAGGAGGAACUUUUCUAUACUGAAAUCGACGAACUUCAAAACCAUGGAAUUGGUGCUGUUGACAUUACUAAACUUAAAGGUGCUGGUAUUUGCACUGUGCGGGCAAUUCAUAUGACAACGCGGAGGAAUCUCUGCAAAAUUAAAGGGCUUUCUGAAGCAAAAGUUGAUAAACUUAAAGAAACCGCUUCUAAACUCCAGUCUGCUUCUUUCGUGACUGCUACUGAGUUUUCGCAAAUAAGGUCGAAAGUGAUGUGUAUAUCAACUGGUAGUAAAUCGCUGGACGCGCUUAUAGGUGGUGGUGUUCCCACCAUGUCAAUUACUGAAGCAUUUGGUGAAUUCAGAACUGGAAAAACUCAAAUCGCUCACACUUUGUGUGUUGCGGCGCAGCUUCCGCCCGACAUGGGUGGGACAAGUGGAAAAGCAGCUUUCAUAGAUACUGAAGGAACUUUUCGUCCAGAGCGCAUUAAAGCAAUAGCUGCGCGUUUCGGAAUUGACCAUGAAGCUGCCCUUGAGAAUAUUCUUUUUGCUCGUGCUUACACUUCGGAGCAUCAAAUGGAACUCAUCAUCGAGCUAGCUGCUCGAUUUGCUGAAGAAAAAGGAGUAUAUCGAUUAUUGGUACAUAUAAUCGAUUCCAUUAUUGCUCUCUUUCGAACUGAUUAUGCUGGUCGUGGUGAACUAGCCGAACGGCAGCAGAAACUUAACAUUAUGCUCAGUCGCCUGACUAAGAUCGCGGAAGAAUAUAACGUUGCUGUUUAUAUUACAAACCAGGCAAAGAAUUAUUCUGUUCAAGCUGAUCCUGGAAGUAAUAUGAUGUUUGUGAGUAAUCCUCGUAAGCCCAUAGGUGGCCACGUUCUUGCGCACGCGUCGACUAUUCGUCUCUACCUACGCAAAGGUCGUGGUGACGAACGAAUUGCCAAGGUUUAUGAUUCACCUGAUAUGCCUGAAGCCGAAUCUCCAUAUACUAUUUCGAACGGUGGCAUCAUUGACAGUGCUGGCUAA